GGGAAGGAGAAAGAGAGAGAGACUGGAAUUCUUCUCUACACGUGCGUGCGUGAGUGUGAGUGCGUGUGCGCGCAUAUGUGAGCGUGCUGCACCGGUGCACAUCGCUGCUGUGCGGGAAGGAGCUCGCCCGGGACACUGCCGAUGUCCUGAACGGGACAGGGGACCGCAGCCGGAGGCUCGCGCGCAGCGGAUUGUAUAAAGAAAAAAGAGAGAGAGAGAAAGAGAGAGAGAGAGAGAUAGAGAGACGGGGAAAACGAGAAUGGAUUUGCCUAUGGCACGGCAAUGAUCAUGGCCCUUUGGGCGGGCGUUCGGGCCGCUCUCCUCCGUCUGGCCCUUGUGUUCUUCCUGUCACCACCUCCUUUGGUCCACUGCCAAAGUGACAGGCCACGGCUUCAGUUCACGCAACCGAUGUACCAUGCGUCCGUGUACGAGAACUCGGCUGCACGGACAUAUGCGGUCAGCCAGGUCCGAAUGGGCGUGGCUCUCCAACAGCGCUCAUGGGAAGUGCGCUACAGGAUCACGUCUGGAGAUGAUGAGGGGUUCUUCAAGGCAGAGGAAUAUACUCUUGGGGACUUCUGUUUCCUGCGAAUACGCACCAAAGGAGGAAAUGCUGCCAUUCUGAACCGGGAGAUCCAGGAUAACUAUCAGCUGACAGUCAAAGCAUCAGUCAAGGGUGAAACAGUGGAGGCAUGGACCAAAGUGAGCAUACAAGUGCUGGACAUGAACGACCUCCGACCUCUUUUUUCUCCAACGACUUAUUCAGUUACGAUUGCAGAAAACACGCCACUGCGCACCAGCAUUGCUCAGGUCACAGCCACGGACGCUGACACGGGCUCGAAUGGAGAGUUUUACUAUUUUUUCAAGGAAAAGAUGGAACUGUUUGCUGUGCACCCAACAAGUGGUGUUGUUUCCCUCAGUGGAAAGCUGAAUGUGGACACGCAAAGCCGAUAUGAUUUGGAAAUCCAGGCUGUGGACCGUGGGAUGAAACUUUACGGUAACAACGGUGUCAGCAGCACUGCUAAACUCUUUGUCCAUGUUGAACGAAUUAAUGAGCAUGCGCCCAACCUUAACAUUGUGACAUUAGAACCUGUUUGGGCUGAAGCCCUACCUGCAGUCGCUGUUGUGAUGGUCGAGGAUGCUGAUACAGGACUAAACGGAGAGAUCGAGGCUGUAAACAUAGUUAGUGGAGAUUCAUUUAAUCAGUUUCAAAUUGAAAGAAUAGAAAUAGACAGGGAACGUGAGGAAAGAGGAUCUAAAAAGGGAUUUAAUGAGUUUGUCCUUAAAGCUCCUGAGCAUCUUGAUUGGGGAAGUUACCCUUUCGGACUGAAUCUGAGUUUUCAGGCAAGAGAUCGGGGAACACCCCAAAAAUCAUCAGAGGUUCAAGUAGUAUGUCUUAAGUUGUCCAGGCCAAGUCUCGUAGAAGUUCGGUUUCAGAAAGAGGUAUAUGAGGUCAAUUUGAGUGAAAUAGUCCCUCCCAAAACAAUUGUGUUACCCGUGAAACUUUAUCCAGAGCCCACGGAUGUCGAGUACAUCCUCACACCUUCUGCAGAUUCUGCGUUUUUUAGUGUAAAUAGUAAGACUGGAGUGAUUAGUACAUCACGGUGGCUCACAAAGCUUACACAACGAGAUUUUGAGCUUGAGGUCAUGGAGGUUGAAAGUGAACUCAAGACUAAAGUCCGGGUGUUGCUGGAAGAUGCCAAUGACAAUGCUCCAGUAUUCACACAACAGUCCUAUGAAGUGUUUAUCAAUGAAAGCGUCCCUGUCGGGACAACAGUGGUCGUGGUGACGGCCUUGGAUGCAGAUCACGGGGAGAACAGUUAUAUCACGUACAGCAUAGCAAGCUUGAUACCACUGCCAUUUACUAUCCACCAGUUUAAUGGGGCCAUCACAACCAGACAGGAACUGGACUUCGAGUCAUCCUCAGAGAGCUUCAGCUUUGUAGUGCGGGCUUCAGACUGGGGUGCCCCCUACAGAAGAGAAAGCGAAGUAAACAUCACAGUGCACCUUGGGAAUGUGAAUGAUAACAAGCCACUGUUUGAGAAAGUCGCCUGCGUCGGUGUGGUAUCACGUGACUUGACACCAGGUGAGGUCAUCACUACCAUGUCCGCUAUAGACAUUGAUGAGCUGGAACUUGUUAAGUAUAAAAUUAUCUCAGGAAACGAGUAUGGCUUUUUUGAUCUGAAUCCUGAUUCUGGGGUCAUGACUCUUCGGCGGUCUCUUAUCACUGCGAACCCCAAAAGCACUUUUAGCCUUAAAAUCACUGCCACAGAUGGGGAGACUUUCUCCGACCCCAUGUUUGUUAACAUAUCCAUAGCACAGGGAAAAUCCCCGCCUAAGAGUUUUACCUGUAUAGAGACCCAUGUAGCUCAGAGACUCGCAGAAAAGCUGCUGAAAAAGGCCAAAGCCAAUAGCAAGCCCAAAAUAGAGGAAGGUUUCAUUGACUUGUUCUCAGUGAACCGACAAGCACCUCAGUUCGACAAAUCCUUUCCCUCAGAUAUCACGGUCCGUGAGGAUAUGGAAAUAGGCUUGAGUGUGUUGCAGGUGAAAGCAUAUGACAGUGACACAGGAUUUAAUGGCCAGAUACUUUACACUAUUUCCAGUGGCAACACAGAUAGCAGUUUUACCAUCGGCACUCUCACUGGCGAGAUCAGGAUUUUUUUGCCGUUAGACCGGGAAAGGACAGACCGAUACUUUCUAAACCUUACAUUAUAUGAUUUAGGCCAGCCUCAAAGAUCUGCCUGGCAUCUAUUAACUGUCUUUGUUGAGGAUGCUAAUGACAAUGCUCCCCAGUUUCUUCAGGACGGUGGAUACCGGGCACGGAUUCCUGAAAACACACCUAUUGGCACGGAGGUGAUCCAGGUAGAAGCUACAGAUAAAGAUCAGGGAUUAAAUGGGGAGAUCCAGUAUUCCUUACUUACAAGCACCUCUCAGUUUGGCAUUAACAGCUCGAGUGGGAUUGUAUAUGUUGCUGGACAGUUGGAUCAUGAAUGCGCCAACUUUUUGCUGAAAGUGGAAGCACGAGACCGUGCAGAAAGAAGUGGUCAGAAAUUUUCCAUAACCACACUUCAUAUUGCGCUAGAAGACGUCAAUGACUGUCCUCCUGCAUUUAUCCCGAGUGUGAUCAGUGCCCGAGCCCUUGAGGACCUCCCGAUAGGUACUGUUAUUGCCUGGCUUGAUACUCAAGACCCUGAUCUCGGUCCGGGUGGAGAAGUCCGCUAUUCCCUUGGUAGCGACUAUGACGGCCGCUUUGAGGUAGAUGCGACCAGUGGAGCUGUUCGUUUAACCAAGGAGCUGGAUUAUGAGACUCAGCAAUUCUUUAACCUUUCAAUUCGAGCCAAAGACAGAGGACGUCCGGUUUCUUUAUUGUCGGUCAGCUUUGUUGAGGUGGAGGUGGUCGACGUCAAUGAAAACCUUUAUGCCCCGUAUUUCUCCAACUUCGCCAUGAACGCUUCGGUUAAGGAAAACGCUCGGAUCGGGACGUCUGUUCUUCGAGUUUCAGCACACGACGAUGAUACAGGCAGAGACGGCGAGGUUCAGUACUCCAUCCGCGAUGGAAGUGGCCUUGGAAGGUUCACCAUCGACGAUGAGACAGGAGUUAUCUACACUACCGAUCUGCUGGAUCGUGAAACGCAGGAUUCCUAUUGGUUGACGGUUUAUGCCACAGAUCGAGUGGUGCCUCAGUCAGCUGCACUGCAAGUCUACAUUCAGGUAGAGGAUGUGAACGAUAACGCCCCCUUGACCUCUGACCCCAUGUACCACGCCUCAGUCCCUGAGAAUUCUCCUAAAGACGUGUCGGUGAUCCAGAUCCACGCGCAGGAUCCCGACGCCACGGCAACCGAGCCGCGCUUCUCAUUCCGCAUCGCCAGCGGCAACCCGCAAAAUUUCUUCAGCAUCAACACACACACCGGUCUCAUAAUGACGACGGCCAGGAAGCUGGACCGAGAACAGCAGGCAGAGCAUGUACUCGAGGUGACCGUAUCAGACGGCGGUCCCUCGCCCCGUCACACCACCGUAUGGGUCGUAAUCCAAGUCGUGGACGUAAAUGAUAACAAACCCGUGUUCCCGGAAAAACUCUACCAGGUGCGCUUACCUGAGCGUGGGCGGAGACAGAGGGGCGGGGCCAUCUACCGCGUCUUCGCCCACGACGCGGAUUACGGCUCCAACGCCGAGCUCACUUACAGCAUCGUGGACGGCAACAACGACGCCAAGUUCCACAUCGACCCAAAGACCGGACUCGUGUCCUCGCCCAGGAAGCAGUUCACUGCUGGGACCUACGACAUUCUCACCGUGAAGGCGGUGGAUAACGGCCGCCCUCAGCGCUGGGCGACGGCCCGCCUGCACAUCGAAUGGAUCCGCCGACCACCUCCUAGCUCCGCCCCCCUGGCGUUCGAAGAGCCGCUGUACAACUUCACCGUAAUGGAAAGCGAUAAAGUGGCCGACAUCGUGGGCGUGGUCGCGGCACGGCCCAAGGGCUCCGCCCCUUUGUGGUUCGACAUCACAGGGCCGCGUCCUUUCCGUGAGACGUUCUUUGUUCUUCAGACUGCCUGUGGCAACAACUGUUCUAAAGAAGGUGGUGAUGAUGAGAGUGUGUUUGAUGUGGAGAAGGCCGUUGGGACGAUCAUCAUUGCUAAAGCUCUGGACGCUGAGCAGAGGUCCUUCUACAACCUCACAGUGGAGGUGACAGAUGGGACCAAUACAGCUUACACACAGGUCCUUAUCACCGUGCUGGAUCAGAACGACAACGCCCCGGUGUUCUCUCAGCCCAUCUACGAGGUCACGGUCGCCGAGGACACACCCCCGGAUACGGAGGUGCUGCAGGUUUUGGCAUUGGACCGAGACGAGCAUCAUCGCUUGACCUUUGCCCUGCUGGGCAGCGUGGACCCUGCUAGCAUGCGCCUGUUUCGCGUUGACGCAAACACGGGUCACAUGUACACCGCGCAACGCCUGGACCAUGAGACUAACACGCAGCACGUCCUCUCAGUCAUGGUGAAAGAUCAGGAAUUUCCCUACAGACGGAGUCUUGCGCGCGUUCUCAUUGGUGUAGAGGAUGUAAAUGACCACGCCCCCCAGUUUACCGUGCCCAUGUAUGACGGGCAGGUAUACGAAUCUGCAGCACUCGGCUCCGCUGUCGUCACGGUAACGGCUUUGGAUAAAGACAAAGGCCAGAAUGCCCAGAUAAGCUACAGUAUAGAAUCAGGGAAUGCUGGGAGCACAUUCCGGAUCGAUCCAAUUCUGGGAAUUGUCUCAGUGGCUCGUGAGUUGGAGUUGUCCACAAUUGGCCACUACGUGUUAAUUGUAAAAGCCGCGGACCACGGCUCGCCUGUUCUGUCUUCAACAUCUGUGGUACGCAUUGCCGUGACACUCUCAGACAAUUCAGGCCCCAAAUUUCUUCAAAACGACUACCAGGCCGAGGUGGCUGAAGGUGUUGCGAUUGGAACGUCAGUAACCACGAUAACCGCUCUCAGUUUGUCCACGCUAACCUAUGAAAUUCGGCACGGCAAUGGAGGACGGACAUUCCGCAUUAACCAGUACAGUGGCGUGAUCACAACUCAGAAAGCGCUCGAUUUCGAGACAGUCUCUUCCUACGGGCUAAUCAUCACGGCUACCAACAUGGCCGGACAGUCAUCCAAUGCCACCUUAAUGGUUGUUGUACUCGACCAGAACGACAACGCACCUGUGUUCCAGCAGCUACAUUACCGAGGUGACAUCAGCGAGGGGGCGGGGCUAAACAGUGUGGUGUUGAGUGAAUCAGGAAAGCCUUUGGUUAUACGUGCAACGGAUGCAGAUCGGAAUCAUAACGCAUUGUUAGUUUAUCAGAUCCAAGAGGAGAAUGCCAGACGUUUCUUUAGUGUAGAUUCCGGCACCGGUUCCAUUAGAACUAUUGCUCAGUUAGACCAUGAAAAAACAUCUACAUUCCAUUUUCACGUGAGUGUCAGGGACAGUGGACGUCUACAGCUCUCCGCUGAGCAUCCUGCACAAGUCACUAUAGAAGUGCAAGACAUUAAUGACUGUGCCCCGCAGUUCUCCCAGGAUUUCUAUGAAGCUGUUCUUCUGCUUCCUACCUAUGAAGGAGUGGAAGCCUUGAGGGUAUCUGCAUCAGAUCCCGAUGGAGACGUUCAAUCUGACCUCGUCUACUCACUGGCUGACACCAAUCUGGAGCACUUUGCUGUAGAAUCAAGCACUGGGCUAAUCACGGUCCAAAACAGCACCUUUGGCAAAGACCGUUUCCGUUUUAACGUCCGUGUAUCAGACGGACGCUUCUCCAGCACGGCUCUAGUAACCAUUCUUGUGCGUGAGGCACUUGACAGUGGUCUAGCUUUCACGUACAACAUCUACAAUGCUUACAUUCAGGAGAACAAUGCAAACGUGACAACGGUCGCCGUAGUUACAGCGCUUGGCAACAAACUGAAUGAGCCACUACGUUACACUUUGCUAAACUCUGGUGGGAGGUUUCGAAUUCGUCCGACGUCUGGAGCUAUAGAGACAAUAGGAGUAGCCUUAGACCGAGAGGAAAAAGAGGACUAUGGUCUUCUAGUGCAAGCAAGUCGAGAGGAAGACAGGUUGCGUGUUGCAAGGGCGCUUGUUCGUGUACGUGUCACAGAUGUCAAUGACAAUGCACCCAUUUUUGUUGGACUUCCAUAUUAUGCAGCAGUACAAGUAGAGGCAGAACCGGGGGUGUCCAUAUUCCGAGUUACUGCCGUGGACAGCGACAAAGGUCCAAAUGGAGAAGUUAGCUACUUCCUGCAGGACGAGCUGGGACACUUUGAAAUGGACCGUAUUAGCGGUGAAUUGCGAUUACGCCAAGCCUUUGACGCUGACCUCUCUAGUGUGGAAUACCAAAUCCUGGUUUUUGCUCGUGAUAGCGGCACACCAUCCUUGUCCUCUUCUAUCACAUUCCCCGUCACUGUUGUCAAUCGGGCAAUGCCUGUUUUUGACCGCCCAUUCUACUCGGUUAAAGUAAGCGAGGAUGUGCCAGUGUUCACACCAAUUUUGGGAAUCAAUGCCAGCAGUCCAGAAGGUCAGAAUGUCCUCUACACCAUCACACAUGGCAACCCCGAUAGUCUUUUCUCCAUAGGGUUUGACACUGGCAUCAUCAGUGUUAUAGCCUCUCUGGACUUUGAGUCCAACUACGUUCACAAACUGAUCAUCAGGGCAACAGACUGCCUCACAGGCGCUCGAGCAGAGGUAGAUGUUGAAGUGACAGUUUUAGACAUAAACGACAACAAACCUGUUUUUGAACAUCCAGUUUAUAAAGCAGUCAUCUCCGAAUCAGCCAUGAUCGGAACGCCUGCUUUGCAGGUACAAGCGACAGAUAAAGACUCUUUGAAAAAUGCAGCAGUUCGAUACCAGAUCAUCCCGGACCGUAGCAACAGCACGGACCACUUCCACAUUGACAGUAGCAGUGGGCUGAUCUUGACAGCCCGCACUCUCGAUCACGAAACCAUCCAGCGCUAUGUUUUUUUCGUCAGAGCAACUGAUAACGGUUUUCCUCCUCUUAGCACUGAGGUGCAGGUCACAGUUCAGGUCACAGACACAAAUGACAAUGCUCCAGUCUUCAAUCAGCUGCUGUACGAGGCUUCGGUUUAUGAACUUGCACCCAAAGGGCACUUUGUCAUGUGCAUUCAGGCAUCUGAUGCAGAUCAGUCGGAUGUAGACAGACUACAUUAUGGAUUGGUACUAGGAAACGAGCGAUUGCUUUUUGACCUUGAUGCUUCCUCAGGGGUUCUGACUCUGAGCGGACAGCGGCGCACACAACGCAUGCCACCCACCGUCAGCCUGAAUGUGAGUGUUUCAGAUGGUGUUUUCACCAGCACGGCACAAGUGCACAUACACGUUGAAUGGGCUAAUCUUCACACGCCACAAUUCACUCAGAGCAUGUAUGAAGCAGAAGUGCGAGAGAAUAUGCCAGCUGGGUCAAAGGUCAUUAUGAUUAGGGCUCAAGAUGCUGAUCCUGGACCUUUUGGAGACGUGCAGUACGUUUUGCUCUCGGAUGUGCCACGAUACUUAUUUAGUGUUGAUAGCAAUGGUCAGAUAACAACUCUGGAGCGAUUGGAUCGGGAAGAUCAAAAUGAAUUUGUGCUGUCCAUUGCGGCAGUCGACACAGGAGGAAGGACUGCGUAUUGCCAUGUUCGGAUUGCAGUGCUGGAUGAGAAUGAUAACUCCCCGCUCUUUGAUGCUUCAGAGUACCGUGCUAGCGUUCGGGCAGCAGUUGAGACUGGCUCUUUAGUGACACAAGUGCAGGCUUGGGAUGCUGAUCAGGGGCUCAAUGGAGAGAUAAGCUACAGCUUAUACAGUGAAGCCAGUAUCCAGGUCACAGAAUUGCUGGAUAUAGACCCUGAUAGUGGUUGGGUGGUUACCAAGGGAAACUUCAGUCCCCUUCAAGGGUCAGUGUUGUCCUUUUUCGUGAAAGCCUCGGACAGUGGUGUACCAGUCCGCCAUGCUCUCAUUUCUGUCUACAUUCAUGUUCUUUCAAACGAUGCCCACUUGCCUGUCUUCAGCCAGCCACACUUUUCUUUUACAGUUCCAGAGGACACACCGAUUGGUUCCACACUAGGAACAGUGCAUUUGCAGAGCCAGCGUGGACAGAGCUCUUUGCCUGUUAGUUUCUCGGCUGUAAUCGGUCAGACUGUGGAAAGCAAUAAUGAUGGGGUGUUUGUUGUGGACAAGGAGAGCGGGAUUAUAAAACUGGAAAAGCCACUGGACCGUGAACAGACGCCCGAGUUCCAUUUUAAAGUAACUGCAACCCUUCAGCAAGGGCUCAUAGACUCAGUUGCUGUCGUAGACGUAGAGGUAAAAAUUCUGGAUGUAAAUGAUAACAAACCAGCGUUUGAAUCAAAUACAUACAAAGCCUCAAUCACUGAGGGACUUCCUGCUGGUACUAGGAUCCUACAGGUGCUCGCAUUGGAUCCUGACUGGUCAGCCAAUGGUCAGGUGACAUACAGUCUCGCUCCACCAGGGCUUUUGGGUUCAGGAAGUGAGGAUUUGAAGGACAGUGGGAGCUAUUUUACAAUUGACAGCACUUCUGGUUGGAUUUCAACCCUAAAAGGCCUAGAUCAUGAACUUAACCCGGUCCACAGCCUUACAGUCUGGGCAUUCGAUCUUGGUGACCCAGCGAGUCUGUCAUCCUCGACGACGGUUGCCAUAGUAGUCGGUGACUCGAACGACAACAUGCCUGAGUUUCUGCAGCCUCAGUACUACGGCAGUGUUCGGGAAAGCGAUGCACCCGGAGAAGUGGUUGCUGUGUUAAACACCCGUGAUGAUGACAGCUCUCCUAGCAACCGUCUGGUCACCUACCACAUCACAGGUGGUAAUCGUGGCGAUGUGUUUGCCCUGAGUUUACUCUCCUCUGAUUGGAAGCUGUAUGUGAAGCGGCCACUGGAUCGCGAGCAGCAAGAGCGUUACGUUAUCAACGUCACUGCAACGGACGGCCUCCAUGUUGCCAUGGCAACCGUCCAUGUGCUUGUCAAUGAUGCCAAUGACAACAGCCCUGUGUGUGACCCGGUGGUGUACACUGCAUCGAUCUCGGAGGAUAUCCCCAUAGGAAAUCAGAUCCUGAGGGUGAAGGCAACAGAUGCAGACAUCGGGUCUAACGCACAACUACAGUAUACACUGUCAGGCGGGGCUGAGGACUUCACUAUACAUCCUUACACAGGAGAGCUAAAAACAGCGACGUCAUUAGACCGGGAGAAAGUUGAGCGCUACUCGCUUGUUGCCAGGGCGACAGACGGGGGCGGGCUUUCGUGCGAGGCGACGGUUUCCAUCACGCUACUGGACGUUAAUGAUAACCCACCUCGCUUUGGCUCUGCCCACUACGAGACCAGCAUUUACGAGAACACGGCGGCGAAAGCAUUACUCACACAGCUAAAUGCCAUUGAUCCCGACCUGGGUGAGAGCCGCAAAGUUGUGUAUUCACUCGUAGACUCGGCCGAAGGCGUCUUCUCCAUCGAUAAGUGGACUGGUGUGGUGGCUCUGGAGCGCCCGCUGGACCGCGAGGUCCAAUCCUCGUACCUUGUGGUGGUACGGGCUUCUGACUUAGGCGUCCCCUACCGUCUCUCAUCUCUCGCCAACCUCACGAUCGCCGUGCUGGAUGUAAAUGACAACCCUCCAGUGUUCGAGCGACGUGAUUACAGCGCCACGCUGGGCGAGGAUGCAGCAGCUGGAACUGCAGUGCUGCGUGUCCAUGCGCACAGCAAGGACAUCGGCACUAAUGCCGACAUCUAUUACAGCAUCCGGUCAGGGAACACUCAAGGGCACUUCAGCAUCGAAACACACACAGGAUUGAUCUCCGUGUCUCACCCUGUGGACUUUGAGACGUGUAAAGAUUACUUUCUCACGGUCGAGGCCCGUGACGGUGGAAGCCCGCCCCUCACGGCCGUCGCCAUGGUGAACAUCAACAUCACAGACGUCAACGAUAAUGCACCCAUGUUCGGCCGGGAUGUUUACAGCGCCAUCAUCCGGGAGGACGCCAACAUCGGCGACGCGGUCGUCAAGGUGACAGCCGAGGACAUCGACAGCCGGGAGAAUGGCGAGAUCCUGUACUCCAUCGUCAGCGGCGACCGCGAGAACCAGUUCUUCAUUGAGCCGGUGACAGGCCAGAUCAAAGUCAACAAACAGCUGGAUCGGGAAACGAUUGUGGGUUAUGCAUUGUCAGUACGAGCUCUGGACAGUGGAACUCCCUCCAUGUCUUCGACUGUGAUCGUUAACAUCGACAUCUCUGACAUCAACGACAACCCGCCAAUUUUCUCUCCAGCCAAUCACACGGCGGUUAUUCAGGAGAACAAGCCAAUCGGGACAAGCAUCCUGCAACUGUCGGUCAUCGAUAAAGACGCCGCCCACAACGGUCCACCUUUUUACUUCCGCAUCCUCUUAGGAAAUGAGGGGUUGUGGUUCGCAAUGGACAGGGAGGGACUUAUAACAUCCAAUCAGAUGUUUCGCAGAUCCGAGAGAAUGGAGUAUGUUGUACAGGUUGAGGCCCGGGACUCCGGCAGACCGAUGUUGUCAUCGACAACACUUGUGCAUGUGCGAGUGAUUGAAGAGAGCGUGCACGUGCCUGUAGCAUCUCCGCUUCACGUCCACAUUGUCACAGUGGAGGACGAGUUCCCUGGGGGUGUGAUUGGACAGAUUCACGCUACGGACCAGGACGCGUUUGACAUUCUCACCUAUGGACACACACACCAGCAAAACAGCCUGUUUAAGGUGAAUCCUCGUGAUGGACGCAUUAUCGCUCUUUCCGGUUUGGACGCGGGCCGCUACUCACUAAAUGCCACGGUGACAGAUGGCCGCUUCUCCGUGAGCGUGCCCGUGAGUGUGUAUGUGGAGUGGGCGUCAGCUGCGAUGCUGCGUCACGCCGUUACGGUUCGCUUUGAACGCGUCUUGCCGCAUGACUUUGUCUCACGCCACCUCACCGCCGUUCGCCGCGCCAUCGCGGACGCCAUGGGAACAGCGACGCUCGACGCCCUGCACGUGCUCAGCGUGCAACCAGUGGAGACCACAGGUCAGCUCGACCUCCUAUUGGCUGUCGAGGCUCCAGGGGGUGGCGGCUUUCUGGCGGCAGCGCUGGUGAGCCAGAAGCUUAGCGCGGCGCGACGGCGGCUCGAGCAGGUCCUGCGUGUUUCCGCCAUUCUCGAUAAAAACUGUUCAGGCCUGGAGUGUGGGGAGGCGCGAUGCGAACAGACCAUCACGCUCGACACUCACGCUAUGCUCACAUACACCACCAGCACCAGCAGCUUCGUCUCACCAAGAUUUCAACGCAGUGCUCGCUGCGUCUGCACCGAUGGACGAUGUUCUGCGAUGUCAGAGGUGUGUGAGGACGUGGUGUGUCCUGAUGACAUGCAGUGUGUGAAGACGGACAACAACCGAGGACCGUUUGCCUGCCAGUGUCCACCAGGGAAACUAGGAGCGUGUGCAGGUCACACCUCUCUGAGUUUCUACGGCAGCAGUUUUAUCAACUACCAUGUGACUGACGGCGGCAAGAGUGACGAGGUGAAACUGCAGCUCCGCAUCCGAACGCUGCAGAGUAGCGGAGUGAUCCUGUACACACACCCCACGCCCUGUGCAAUGCUGAAGAUGGAGGACGGACACGUCCAGCUACACCUUGGUUGUUCAGAAGGAGGCGGAGUCCUCGCUGCUACCAGCCAACUAAUCAGUGAUGGCCACUGGCAUCACCUGACACUCGAGUUGGGCCGAAACUCCAGCAGCCUCUCAUUAGACGACUGGACGCAGCGGGCCCCGCCCAUUUCCCGAUUCCCUGGCCCUGAUUGGUCCAUUUCACUGGGGGCACGGCUCAGCGAUGGUUUCCAGGGCUGCCUGGAUUCGUUGGCGCUGAACGACGAGGAGCUGCCGCUGCACAACAAACAAGCACCGGCGGCCACACACACUCGUGCGCGCACACACACACUCGUGGAGGUGACGGCGUUGGGUGAGGUAACGCUUGGAUGCGUGCUUCACCAUGAGCCGUGCGCACGCCAACCCUGUGCCCACGGAGCCACCUGCACCAGCCUGCCCAACGGAGGUUUCUCAUGUAAUUGCGGUCCCCUGUACACCGGGCGGCGCUGUGAGACCGAGAUUGGGGUGUGUGCACCGAACCCAUGCCGUAACGGUGGUGUGUGUAAGCCCAUCGGCAACGCCUUCAUCUGCAGCUGCAAGAGAGGAUACAGCGGUCUCACGUGUGAGGAGGACGUAAACGAGUGUGAACGUGGUGAGCGCUGUGAGGGCGGAGCCUCCUGUGUAAACACCUUCGGCUCCUUCUACUGCAACUGCACCACACCAGGCUUUGUGGGCGGAGCGUGUGCCGUCCGACCGGUCCUGGUUCCUGAUAUGCGCUCUGGCCCCGCCUACUUUGGACGAGAGGAGCUUAUAGGUGUGGCGGUGGUGCUGUUCCUGAUCAUGGCGCUCGUCUUUUUGUUCGUGGCCUUCAGGAAGAAGGUGUUCCAGAAGAGCUACUCGCGCAACGACCUGUCGCGUCAGGACCCGGCUACGGCUGCACUGCUGCACAAGGCUAACGGACACUUCCCGCCCAUGCAGUGCGGUCCCGGAGACCCCAUCAGCCUCUACGCCGAGGGGGGGCGGGGUUUACUGUCCGGAGAACCCAUCGGUCUUUACACAGAGGGUGGGCGGAGCUUGUCGGGGCCACCCCAGGUCCCGGUCAGACCAAUGGCGUACACACCGUGCUUUGGGACUUUGGAGAAAAGGGGUGGGGACAGAAAGGGGGCAGAGUUAACAGAAAUGAGCACGUUUAAGCAGGGAGGAGACUCACCCAGAGGGGUGGGCAGUAUGACACGAAGGGGUGUGGCCGUGUGCAGCGUGGCGCCCAACAGAUCAGAGUGUGACUCGCCAAGCAACAAGAGAAGCUGGGAGGAUGAAGAUGGGAAAGUGGACAUGUUGGAUGAGGUCACAUGUUUCCCAGGCAGCAACAAGGGAAGCAACUCUGAGGUCCAAUCACUGAGCUCCUUUCAAUCAGACUCCUGCGAUGACAACGCCUCCAUAGUGACGGUCAUUCGACUCGUCAAUGACGCAGUUGACACAAUCGAAAACGAAGUCUCCGUUAUGGAUCAAGGUCAAAACUACAGCAGAGCAUACCACUGGGACACAUCUGAUUGGCUGCCGAGCACCAGGCUCGCGGACAUCGGGGAAACGACGCCGGCAGGGGACGUGGUGGGCGUGGCCUUGGAAACGGACUACUAUUUAGGAGGGUUCGACGUCGACAGCGAGUACCCGCCCCCUCAGGAGGAGGAGUUUGUGUCACGUGACCUCCCGGGACACGAGUACACGGGAGACGCUACGCUCGUCAGUCAACCCGUUUCCACGGCCAGCACACUGUCAAGACCCCGCCCACACUUCCACCCGAGCCAAUACCUUCCGCCUCAUCAGCUGCCGCUGGGACCCGAGGGGGCGGAGCUUAGCGGCUUUGCUGGCGGGGACGACCAUCUGUCGAUCAAGACGUCGUCCGCGUCCGACGUCUCCGUCCCCUUCGGGUUCGAGGAUUCCGAAAGUCUGGACAGUUUGGAGGAAGCACAGACGGAGCCAUACACACAACAGACUGAAGUGUGAUUCCUUCCACCUCAAACACACACACACACACAUGUGCACACGCACACAUGUUCAAUGACUGAAGCUCUGAUACAUGGGACAUUGAUGAAUGGAGAUAAAUGGAUGUGUGUGACAAAUGUCCUACUUGUGUGUGUGUGUGUGUGUGUGUGUGUGUGUGUGGUAUGUUUUGUACAGCCAAACAGCACAAACUCAUCAAACAAUUUUAAAUCACGUUAUCGUUUUUUUUUCUUUUCCUUUUGCACUAUGAUGCCAGAGUUCAGUGUACAAUGAAAUGAUAGAUCUGUCUUUA